AUGCCUGCAACACCUGAGCUUCGUCUCCCAGUAGGGAACAAAGACUUUACAAAUGCGACAGUCGUCAUUAUUGGAGCCGGAAUCUCUGGCAUGAAUAUGGCCAUUGACUUGAUCAAGCGGAACAACUGUCGCAACUUUGUGAUUCUCGAAAAGAGUAGCAGUAUCGGCGGAACAUGGAGUGAUCAAAAGUAUCCGGGAUGCUGCUGUGAUGUCUGGAGCUCCUUGUAUAGUUACUCCUUUGAACAAAAUCCCAGCUGGACCCGCGAGUACCCCGGCCAGGAAGAAAUUUACGCAUAUCUCGUCGGGGUUGCGCAAAAAUGGGGUCUUUAUAAGCAUAUCCGAUUCAAUUCAGCGGUUGAAGAGGCCCGUUGGGACGACCAAACUUCCAAGUGGAAGGUCGCCGUCAAAAUCUCAGGUCAAAAGGACAGCGAGUUCACCAAUGGCUAUGUCAUUUCAUCGGACUUCUUGAUUUCCGCCGUGGGUCAGCUUAAUAUUCCUCGAUAUCCCGAUAUUCCGGGCCUCGAAGACUUUGAGGGACGUGUGAUGCAUUCAGCCCGAUGGGACUGGAGCUAUGAUUUCAAGGACAAGAAGAUUGCAGUGAUCGGAAACGGAGCGACCGCGGCACAGAUCAUUCCCGAAAUCGCGCCAUCUGCAUCGCACUUGACUGUUUUUCAGCGGACCCCCAAUUGGGUGCUGCCUCGACUGGAUGCACCAAUCUCUGCAUUCCAACGGGCCCUCCUGACCUAUGUCCCGCCUCUUCGCUGGCGCAAGCGAGCAUCGCAAAUGGAAUAUAGAGAAGAGUUCCAUGAUGCCGUUUUUGACAACGAGUCGCAGUGGGCGCAGGUCAUCCGGGACGGAUGCAAAGACCUUCUGGAGACACAGUUGGCCGAUAAGCCUGAGCUGUGGAAGACUCUCACGCCCGAUUACGCCCCCGGAUGCAAGCGAGUGAUCAUCACCGAUGAUUACUAUCCUACAUUGGCCCGUGACAAUGUGGACCUGGAGACCAGACACAUCAAUCGGAUCACCAAGAAUGGUAUCGAGAUUGAAGGUGCGGGUGUCAAGGAAUUUGACUUUAUUGUUCUCGCCACGGGCUUUAAGACGGUCGAUUUCAUGUAUCCGAUUCAGGUUUAUGGUGCGAACGGUCGUCCGGUUGGAGACGUUUGGAAAGAUGGGGCUCGAGCCUACUACGGCGUCACGGUGGAAGACAUGCCCAACUUUGGAAUGUUCUAUGGGCCAAACACUAAUCUUGGCCACAACUCCAUCAUCCUCAUGAUCGAAGCUCAGUCACGCUAUCUCAACGCCCUCGUCAGCGAAGUGAUUCGGUGUCGACAGCUCGGCAAAGCGGUUGCAAUUAUGCCUAAGCCAGAGGUGGUGAAAGAAUUCAACGACAGGAUCCAGGCUCUGCUCCGAAAGAGUAGUUUUGCGGAUCCCAAGUGCAACAGCUGGUAUAAGAGAGAUGAUGGUGUCAUUACCAAUAACUGGUCAGGCACCGUAGUCGACUAUCAGAAGAAUCUGUCAAAGGUGUUGUGGGAUGAUUAUAUUGUCCAGGGCUCGGGAGAAUAUCUCGUGAAGAGCAAGAAGAGCUCUCACGUCGGACGAGUUCGUGAGGAGAGUUAUUUCUCCACCGGCGCGGGUCGGACCAGCAUCCUACUUGCUCUCCUCGAGUCCGUUCAUCCAGACUACCCCAGCCAGGGUCGUGAGUUCACGACUCAAGGGGCAGAUGAACCAUGGAAAUGGACCACCAUAGAGGUGACAGAGUCAAAACUAGUGAUCCCUGCUUCUAUUUUGAGUCGCCGCACUCAGCCUGCCACCGUGAGAUGGGGCUCUUCCUCUCCUCUCUUUGCCGAGUUCGUCACGUCCUAA